AUGUCGAGGCUGUCGUCUAUCACGAUAGACGACAUAUUCGAGGUCAAGACAAGAUCCAACAUCAACACCAACACCAACACCAACACCAACACCAACAUAUCCAAUCACAAAUACACACCACCAAACUGCUCCUCAACCCGCAAACACACCUACCAAACCUACUACACCGACAAAAACUCACAAAUACUGAACCGCCACACAAUGAACAAGGACGCAAGCCACACAUACGUGCACAUGCACCGCGCGCGCGACGCCGACCUCUUUGAGGACUUUUGCAAGGACAAGCUCCCCGACGACGAGGUGUACGUGCCGCCGCAGCACCAGCCGAUUAACCCGGAAGACGAGGACGACGUCGUGCCGGACCAGCACGCGGCGUUCGGCAUCACCAAGGCGACGCAGCGCCAGCGCGAGGCGGCGUGGAAGGAUCUGGGGCUGUCGGGGCUCAUGAACCGCGGGCCUGGCGGCGGGAAGGCCAAGGGCGCUGCGGGCGGGAGCCGUAUGCCGCGGUAG